AAGCUCCCAGGCUGGGGGCAGAAAACAAGAAAUUGCUCCUACUCUGACCCUCACUCCCCCCCCCCCCCCCCCCCCCCCCGCCAAUCCCAAGCUUGUAGGGACACAGGAAGCUGGGGGCAGUUCAUUCAUGCCAAGGGUUGUGAAGCAGCUGGAGGAAGAAGGAAGGACAGAUGGGUGGGGGGGAUCAGAGGAUCUGGUAGAGCCGGCAGGUCAGGGGCUGGCUGGUGGAGCCAGUCUGAGGGCCUGGCUGCUGAUGUCACCAGUCUGCAGCUUUGGAUCCCAGGACCUCCCUGGGCAGGACCAGGCCCAUGGGCCAGUUUCAUAGGGCUGAGCCUGGCCUAGGCUGUACCAGACCCUGGCAGAGGCAGAGGUACCCGGGGUCUUAUGAGAGCAGAGGCAGGCAAUGUGAGCUUGGGAACAGGGGGCCCGCUGCCUAGGGGCUUGGGUGACGGGACACUCUGCCCCACGGCUGUGGGGUCUUCUCACCCAGGAGAGGGAGCCCCUUGUGCUCCGGUCUGGCAGGAACCAGCCUGGAGUGGGGUCUGUCCGUGGGGGCAGUCUCAGAAGGCCUUCCACUUUCACCACAGCUUUGAAUCCUGACAGACCCCGGCCCCGCCCCGCUUUGGCUCGUUUCCACAGUUCCUCGAAAGGGGAAAGGGGAUGCAAGGGGAUGCGGCCAGGUCUCCUUUCCCGCCCCUACCUCUGGAGACAGCCCCCAGAGGCCGGGCCUCUUCCCCAGAGUGAGGGGAUGAAGCAAUCAGGCUUCCCCUUCCCUGCAGCUUGGCUCCGCCCUCCCCCCUCAUAAACCACUUACCUGCCCGUCCCACACCUUCCACUCGUGCCUCCUCGACCGUCCUGGGUCCCAGCGGUCCCAACCUGUCCCCGCCCGGCUGCCGGACUCAGCCCUGCUGUCGCCACCACCGCCGCCAGGCAUGAUGGAUGGUCCUCGUUCAGAUGUGGGCCGCUGGGGCGGGAACCCUUGGCAGCCCCCCACCACACCUUCUCCGGAGCCAGAGCCAGAGCCGGACAGACGAUCUCGUCGAGGAGGCCGUUCCUUCUGGGCUCGCUGCUGCGGCUGCUGCUCAUGCCGAAAUGAAACAGAUGCUGACUGGGGACCUGAGCCCCACGGAGACCGAGGGUCUGGCAGGGGUCGAGGGUCCAGCUCUGGGGGUCGAAGACCAGACUCCCGGGGCUCAGAUUCCCGCCGGCCUGGCUCCCGGGCCAGUGGUGUGAACGCAGCUGGAGAUGGCACCAUCAGAGAGGGCAUGCUGGUGGUGACCGGUGUGGAUCUGCUGAGUUCACGCUCGGACCAGAAUCGCCGAGAGCACCACACAGAUGAGUUUGAGUACGACGAGCUGAUUUUACGCCGUGGGCAGCCUUUCGACAUGGUCCUCCACCUCUCUCGGCCCUAUGAGUCCUCUGAUCAUGUUGCCCUGGAGCUGCUUAUCGGAAACAGCCCCGAGGUGGGGAAGGGCACACACGUGAUCAUCCCAGUGGGGAAGGGGGGCAGCGGAGGCUGGAAAGCCCAGGUGACCAAGGCCAGUGGGCAGAAUCUAGACCUACGUGUCCACACCUCCCCCAACGCCAUCAUCGGCAAGUUUCAAUUCACGGUCCGCACACGUUCAGAGGCUGGCGAGUUCCAGUUGCCUUUUGACCCCCACAACGAGAUCUACAUCCUCUUCAAUCCAUGGUGUCCAGAGGACAUCGUGUACGUGGAGCAUGAGGAUUGGCGACAGGAGUACGUGCUUAAUGAAUCCGGGAGAAUUUACUAUGGGACUGAAGCGCAGAUUGGCGAGCGGACCUGGAACUAUGGGCAGUUUGACCAUGGAGUGCUGGAUGCCUGCCUGUACAUCCUAGACAGGCGGGGCAUGCCAUAUGGAGGCCGCGGGGACCCGGUCAGUGUCUCCCGGGUCAUCUCUGCCAUGGUGAACUCCUUGGAUGACAAUGGGGUCCUGAUUGGAAACUGGUCUGGUGAUUACUCCCGAGGCACCAACCCAUCAGCUUGGGUGGGCAGCGUGGAGAUCCUACUCAGCUACCUACGCACCGGCUAUUCCGUCCCCUAUGGCCAGUGCUGGGUCUUCGCCGGUGUGACCACAACAGUGCUGCGUUGCUUGGGCCUGGCUACCCGCACUGUCACCAAUUUCAACUCGGCACAUGACACAGACACAUCCCUCACCAUGGACAUCUACUUUGACGAGAAUAUGAAGCCUCUCGAGCACCUGAACCAUGAUUCUGUUUGGAACUUCCACGUGUGGAACGACUGCUGGAUGAAGAGGCCAGAUCUGCCCUCUGGCUUUGGUGGGUGGCAGGUGGUGGAUGCCACACCCCAGGAAACCAGCAGCGGCAUCUUCUGCUGCGGCCCCUGCUCUGUGGAGUCCAUCAAGAAUGGCCUGGUAUACAUGAAAUACGACACGCCCUUCAUUUUUGCCGAGGUUAACAGUGACAAAGUUUACUGGCAGCGACAGGAUGAUGGCAGCUUUAAGAUCGUGUAUGUGGAAGAGAAGGCCAUUGGUACGCUCAUCAUAACAAAGGCCAUUGGAUCCAACAUGCGAGAUGAUGUCACCCACAUUUAUAAACACCCAGAAGGCUCGGAAGCAGAGCGGAAGGCAGUGGAGACAGCAGCCGCCCACGGCAGCAAACCCAACGUGUACUCCACGCGUGACUCAGCAGAGGAUGUGGCGAUGCAGGUGGAGGCACAGGACGCGGUGAUGGGGCAGGACCUGACUGUCUGCGUGGUGCUGACCAAUCGCAGCAGCAGCCGCCGCACCGUGAAGCUGCACCUCUACCUCUCAGUCACCUUCUACACCGGUGUCACCGGGUCUGUCUUCAAGGAGAGCAAGAAAGAAGUGGUGCUGGCGCCAGGGGCCUCGGACCGCGUGUCCAUGCCCGUGGCCUACAAGGAAUACCGGCCCCACCUCGUAGAUCAGGGGUCCAUGCUGCUCAACGUCUCAGGCCACGUCAAGGAGAAUGGGCAGGUGCUGGCCAAGCAGCACACCUUCCGUCUGCGCACCCCUGACCUUUCCCUCACCUUGUUGGGGGCAGCCGUGGUUGGUCAGGAGUGCGAAGUACAGAUUGUCUUCAAGAACCCGCUGCCUAUAACCCUCACCAAUGUCGUCUUCCGGCUUGAGGGCUCUGGGCUACAGAGACCCAAGAUCCUCAAUGUGGGGGACAUUGGGGGCAACGAGACAGUGACGCUGCACCAGAAGUUUGUGCCUGUGCGACCAGGCCCCCGCCAGCUCAUCGCCAGCUUGGACAGCCCCCAGCUCUCCCAGGUGCAUGGUGUCAUCCAGGUGGACGUGGCUCCGGCCCCUGGGAGCGGAGGCUUCUUCUCAGAUGCUGGAGGCGACAGUCACUCAGGGGAGACCAUCCCUAUGGCAUCUCGAGGUGGAGCUUAACCCCUGGCCAGGAGCAAUGGGACUGGAGUCAGAGGAGCAAGGACAUUGCCUCGCAGGGACCCAGCGCAGAGCUGCUCUCCAUAGGUUCAGGUGGGGAGGCCGGGGCACCUGGGGAGGGGGCCGCUCUUCACUUGCACUGGGCAGCACAGAUGCUAAUAAACUGUUUUUUAAUGAA